AUGGCCACUCCCGCCCCCAACCCCCGCGCUUCUCUCCUCGCCGGCCUCCGCACUGGCGGCGUCCGUUCCUCCUCGGGCCCCAUCCCGCACACUGCCGCUCCCGCAGGCACCUUCAACAUUCCCCGCAUCAUUGCCCCCAACCAAGAGGACAACUAUUUCCCUCCUGAGGAAGAAGAGGAGCUCUCCAACAUGAUGUCCCAGAACCUUUACGUCCAGAACCACCCUCGCCAGGCGCCCAUGACUGCGGCUGUGGAUGGCAUCCCGAACCGCUUCCAGCACCAACAGCAGCACACCAUGAACGGCGGCAUGCCCUUCAACAUGAACCCCAACAACAUGAACUCCGCUCAGCUCCAGCAGGUUCAACUCCAGCUCAUGCAAAUGGAGCUCGCUCGCAUGCAGGCUCAACAGUACCAGGCUGAACUCAUCGCUCAAGCUCAGGCUGCCCAGAACCGCCAGCGUCAGGCGCAGCAAGGCAACCGCCCGAUGAACACCUCGUUCGAUCUUCGCGCGAACAACAGCCAGAUGCGCCGCAUGAAUCAGGCCGACCACCUUCGCUCCACGCUUGGCGUCUCGGAAGACCAAGUUCCCAUGACGGCCGCCCUCAACGGCAAGUUUGGUAGCCGCCUCGCCUCCGGCAAGUACGACUCGGACGAGGAUGAUUUCUCCUCCGUUGGUGCCCGCCCUCCGGCGACUCCAAGCUACACCACGGUUAUCAGCGGUGGUACCUCGCUCGGUGCUCCUCCGACCCCCACCAUUCAAUCCAAGUCGGAUGCCGCAGUCUCGUGGCGUCGGGCCCCAAACAACUCGGUCUUGAGUGCCAACCGUGCCGUUUCAUCGCCCACUGUGAAGAUCACCCCGCCGCCCAGCGAGCGCGUUUCUCCACCCCCUGGACUCGCCGGUGGCAAGGUUCGCCCCACUCCCCUCCGGUUCACCGCCCAGACCUCGCAGCGUGCUGUCGCCAUCGACGGUGAUGGUGUUGAGGCGGACGACAGCUCUUCCUCCUCCAAGUCCAACUCCUCGCCCAGCACUCCCCACUCGGCUGGUUCCGGCGACGUCCCCCUUUCGCCUCGUGAGGAUGCGACCAAGAGGCUGUUCGAAGGUCUCGGUAUUGGUCGUGCUCCGUCCGGCAUCAACGUCGUCGUCCCUCAGGACUCGCAGAUGGUCGUGCAGCGCCUGGCAAGCACCCCUGUUCGCCAGCCUCGCGGCCCCCCUUCAAACAACGAGGAGCUCGUCCCUAAGAACUUCGCGACCCGUAGCAGGCGCAAGGCCGUCGACGCCCUGCUGGAGCACGCGCGCGAGCGCCGUGAGAUCAUCGUCGAGGCGUACUAG